UCUCCUUGAACUUGAUGUGAACCUCUGCACACACAGAAAUAUAUCCUUGUUUUGUUCAAAAGUUAAGCGAUCGUCACCGAAAAUCUCAGACAAACCAUUCAGAAUGGAAGAAGAGGAAAUGAAAAACGAUGUAAACGAAUUACGACUAAAAAGGCUGGCUUACUAUGAGAGUCUGAAUAAACAUCCUUCUGAUGAGCCUACGGAGCACAAUGGCCACAUUGAAACAUCCACUGAUAAACUCCAAGAGAAGGCUGAAGAUAGAAAACAAACUCAAAGAAUUAUUGACAGUGAGGAAACAAGAGCAAGAUUGUCUAAAAAAAAAAUUAACCUGCCAGAACACCAUAAUAUUCAAGGAAACAGUAGCGAUAAAGAUUUCAACUUUAAGUCCAACUUAUCUGAAAGCAGUGAAAAACUAAAAACAUCUGAGUUUCAUUUUCAAAAUCCUGAUGUCCAUAGUAACAAAAAGCAACCCGAGUCUUUUGCCAAAUUAGAAAAUGAGAUAUCAAAAAGGUGUUCAGCUGUUUAUACUGCAAAAUAUGCUGAUGCCAAGUCUGAUGAUCUUGACCCAUAUAAUGAAACAGUAGAAAGGUUGAUAAGAGCAACAAAAGAAGAAAUGCUAGGCAUGACUGUCAGUGAUGAUAUCUGGUCCAAAAUAAAAGAGGACUCUAAACAGUUCUCUAACAGUCUUGAUAAAGAGACAGAGGAAAAUGAUCAUACUACUUUUGAAACCAAACCCACAUUGGAAAUUGCAAAAGCAACAAAAGCCUUUGAACAAUCUUGUGUUGAAUAUGAAAACAAAAAUUUAGUGGAAUAUAGUGAAGAGAAACAUUUGUCCCAUAAUGAGAACUUCAGUAAUGAACAAUCACAUAGAUCAAUUGUAAGAUCCAUUUCAGAAGAUGUUGGUCAGAGAAAUGGUGCAGUGUUAUUUGAAAUGGAAAAGACAUCUUUAAGACAGCAUAGGUCUUCAUUUAGUGGCGCAGUUGAUAUGCAUCCAGAGCCAAGUAAACUAGAACCACAUGUUCAUAGGAAAGUUGAUGAUCAUCAGGAAGGUCAUUUAAAACAUAGCUAUAACUCUGCCAAAGUGGAAGAAAUGUUUCAUUCAGUGCAAGUUUCUUGUCAAAAGGAUAAUCAGUCUUGGAAAAACCCUCAUGUGCAAGGUUAUGAAAAAAAACCUUUGCUAGUAGAAGCCUCUGAGGAUUUUUCUGCACUUGGUUUAGAAACUCAUAGACCUGAAAAUGAGAAAGAGCAGAUAGAUGUUCAGGCUGAAGAUAUAAAUCUAGGUUAUACUGUUUCAAAAGAGUUACGGACAGUGUUAGGUGACGAUAAAUUUAAAGAAUUCUUAAUAAAAGCUAAGAGAGAUAUAGAUGUUUUAAAUGAUAAGUCAGCUGAAAAUUCUUCCAGAACUCCUCGGCUUAUCAAAGACAAACCAAGAAAACCAGAAACAUCCCAUGGGAAAGACAUCAAGGAAUCAAGGACACCAAGACAAGCCAGGGAUAGGCAUGAUUCAAAGGAAGGGAAAAACAAAAUAGAGAAAAGAAUGCCAGCAGAAUCUGCAAAACCUGAAAGUCUUUUACAACUCUGUAAUUCUCAAGACUUUACUCCUAGAUUACAGGAUGCUGAAGCUAUUGAAAAUAUUCUUGGUGAAUAUGUGCUUGGAAAUCAUGGGGAUAAGAGUAAGGAAUCUACAGUGAACCCAGAUUACAAUUCGAAGAACUUUGAAAAGAAUUUAGAAAUGAUGGAUGAAAAAAGUAAGCAAGAGAGUGGUAUUGUAAUUCCAACCCUUGAUCUAGAAGAAGUAAAAGACGAUUCUCCAAGAAGAAAACUGAACAGACCGAAACACCAGCCACCAACUAUUUAUCAGGAGAAGAAAGGGAAAGACCAUAAGGGCUCAGGUAGAGUUGCUAGUGGUGAUUCAAGAACCAGGCAGGGUAAGAAUUAUGAACAGAUAACAGUGCCAAGAAAUGUGGCCUUUUCAGCUGAUGAAAUCUACAGUCAAGCAUAUGGUGCCUCAUUUUCUGAGCAUUCAGGGAUUUUAAGCCCUGAAGCUAAACAUGGAAAUUUUGAAUUUGAAAAUGUUCCCCAAACACCUACCACACCUAUCCGUCAACCAUUGAUGCCUCAUCAAGAUACCACUAGUUUCAGAGGACAUUAUGGUCAGGAUGAUGUCAACUUUGGUUAUUAUCAUGCAGUGAGGCAGCAAUAUCAAGCAGGAAAUAUCCGACCACCACACCCCCCUCCAUAUCAGGGCCAUGUGCCCCAGCAGGCUCCCUCAAACCAUGUGUACAGUAGCUCCCCUGAUUAUAGUGGGUACGGUGUGAACGCUACCAUAUACUCAAGUCUAGCUGCCACACAAAAUCAUGGUGUCCAAAUGCCUUAUCAUCAACAAGGUCAAGGCAUAAUGUACACACAUCCUCAGACAACUGUACAAAGCAGCCAAGUACAUGAAGUCACAAAACCGAGUUCUCAGAUGUCCAAUGAAAUUGUUGCAGUACCCCACCCACCGAGUAAGCCUCGGUCUUUGCAGGGUGUACAUAACGCAGUUCACCCAUCUGUGCAUGCACCUGUUUCCAUGACAAAUGAAGGUCAUGGUCACAUUCAAUUUCCAAUGGCAACUAAAGGUCAAGGUUAUAUUCCAGUUUCCAUGACUGCUGAUGUUCAUUUAGCUACUCAAAUGGCUGUCCCUAAUUCAUUGCACACAAAGGAACAUUUUAGAGUGCAAAAUCAAAAUGACCUUGAUCAUGUAAUACCUGUAUCCAAAGCAACACAAACUGGAGAAUUUUCAAGAGUUCCUAUUACAUCAGAUGCAGAAAUGCAGACUGACCGAGGAGAUUCACCAGUGGUUGAUGAUAAAGUAACAAUGGUAGAGGAGUCUACAUUCACGUCUGUGAGCCAGAUUGUUCAAGAGGAACCGCUUGUACCCCACCCACCCAGUGUAGAAAAGGAUGGACGACCAUCACCACGCAGGUACCACGGGGUGACUGUGGCAGCCACGAGAGCGGAGGAUUCCAGGAGACAUAUUGAUGGUAUCAGGCAUCACCAUGAACAAAGAAGACAGCAACAUGAUGGAGAAAAGCAGUCAGAAGAUCAGAUUGUUGAGCAUCAGAAACGGUUUGCAAAGGCCUCAAUAGAGAGAUACUUUUCCUCACUGGAAAACAUCUACAUGCCUGCUGACCAGGCCCACCCAUCAAGUAUUUCAUCUUGCAUUCCUGAGAUUGCUAAUGAUAUGGAACUUGAGAGUCUUACAUCAGGCCGGCUUGGUAAAUCUCCUGAUGAAAGGGGACCUGAGCAGGAUGAAGUAAUUGAUGAUGUAAUACGGAAGACUGUUUCUGAAAACUUCAUGGAUACUAGUACUGUUGUCAGUGAAACUAAAUACAAAGAACAGACAGUUAGAUUUAAUCCUGUUGUUCAUGGUUUUGCUGAUUUCACUGAAGAAGGUAUAAAACCCUCUGUUGAACAAAAACCUUUGAAACAAGAAGAAAAUGAUGAUAGUCAAACGCUUGUAAAUAGUGUUGUUAAUACUGAUGUCACAGUAAAUGGUGGUGGAUUAACUGACAGGUUACAUGAUCUUGGAAUAGAUGUUGCUCAUGUUAUACAUGGUGAUGACAAAGACAGUGAGUCAAAGAAAGCUAAGAAUAAGGGUAAAGUACUAAUUGUAUGUCCUGAAUGUCAAGGUCUGAAUAAGGAGUACAUGUCCUGGUGCACACACUGUGGGGAAAUGAUUAUUGGUAUUGAACCAAUGCUGGUCAGCAAAAAUAGGGAGGGAAAAAUAAGAACAAAGCCUCUCAAUAAGUCUGAUUUGUCUCAUAAGAUUGAAGAUAUUGUUAUAAAAGAUCCUCAUGCUCAGCCACUGAAUUCUAGUACUCAGCUAAGUAAUGAGAUUGAAGUGAAUUAUGUUCAAGACACUAGUGAAAAACCGUUUGCUCUAAAUCUUGAGGAAUUAAAGACAGACAAGGAAGAGGAAGAAAUGAAGCAGAGCAAAAAGUGUUCACCAAUCAAAUCAGAUGGGAAGGAUUCCGGUCGACCUUCCAGUGAUGACCAUGACCUUGAAGUUCAAGCUCAAAAGAUUGAAGAGGAAGUUGUCAAUGAUAUUUGUGCUACUAUAUCUGAUCCAGUGCUAUUAGGUUAUGUCAGGUCCCAAUUUAACAAUUUUAAGAAAUCUGGCAAAGAAUUUACUGAUGGUAUAAAGGAUAAUGGAAUUUCAGAAAAUAGAUUGGACAUUGAACUCUUUCUUCAAAAUAAAAUAGCUCAAGAAAAGAGAAAUAAACCUAGUAAAGAAGUUAAGUCUUCUGUUCAAAAACAUGAUACUGUUCAGAUGCCAGUACAGGGAGAUGAUGACACUGAACAAAUAACUAAAGGGAUUGUUAAGGACAAGAUAGCACUGUUUAACACAGGUGGUGUUAAACCAGAAAUAGAACAUUGGGAUGAUAACACUCUAUUGCCUCCUCGUUUGCCAAACUUUAGUGCCAACUUACCUAUAAAACAUGGUGAACUUUCUUUAAAACUACCAGCCAACUCUAUGGACUACUCAACUGAUGUUUCACAGGUUGUGUCUCAGUCUUUUAAAGUUGUAGAAAAUUUGGAACAAACAGCAACUGUAGCAGGACAUAGUCAUGUGACUGAGGAAGAGGCAAAGACACUUAAACAAGAGAGGAGAAGACAGAGGCGGUUGAAGCGGGGUCAUGGGGCUAUUGACGUGGAGGUGUUUGGGUAUGAAGAAUCCAGAGAGAGCCGGAACUCCAGUAGAGCGAAUAGAAUGGUUCCACUGCUCAACUUGGCUGGCAACAGUAGUGAUGAAGAUGACAGUGUAUAUUCUGACUUCAAAAGCGAUACAAAACAGGAACCAGUUGAGUUUGGUUACCAACAUCAUAAUAAAACCACCACUGGAGCCUGGGACCAGCCAGUGAUUCCAGAGGAACCUGAAACCACAGAACAGUUGUCCGGGCCACUGGAGACUGAUGAGCCAGAUACUAGCGCCAGACCCAUUCUACUUGGAACCAAAACAAAACAACAUGAUGACACUUCAAACACUGACGCUAUGUCAAAUCAGCAGCAGCAAGUCAGGCUGAACCAGAUGUUAAAUAAGCCAGGCACUGAGGCAGACCACCCCUCAAGGCCAGACAAAGGGCCACUUGAAGAUACAACAUCAAGUUGUGGUCAUGGUCAAGAAAGUUCAGCCAGGGCAGAGGGUGGAACUGAAGAGGGUGGUGAAUGGAAAACUUUAUUCCAGCCUCAGACAAUGGAAGCGCAUGAUGAUGCUAUAGAAGAAGACACAAGUCCCAGCCCUGAAGCCUCUGGCCAGCCUUUUCUUAUGCAAAUUUUAAACCAGCCUAAACCCACCAAGUCGCGACAGCGUCCCAAAUCAGCGGGUAAACCAGUCAAGUCAAAGGUGCGCCAGUCGCUGGAAGAAGCUGGGUAUCAGAGGAAAUGGGGGAGGUCCAGCACUGCCUGGAACAGUUACAAUGCCGGCGAGCUUAAUACGAGCUCAAGCCUAAGGUCAAGUGCUGAUUUUCCAAGAAGGAGGCCCUUUAGUGCUCCAAAAUCUCGUGCACAAGUUUCUUCAGAUAUGCAAGCCUCUGAAGGCAUGGAUGAUCAACAAGCCACUGCUGAUCCAGAGCGACAUGAACCUCCUGAAAGAUUGUGGGGUGCUUCAAGAAACAGACCAAUUAGCGCAGAUGUUCAGACAAGAAAGCACACAAAGAAGAAGUCAAAGAAGGGAGGAGUGAUGGACAGCCUUGACCUUGACCUUGAUGUGGAGAUGAUUGAACAUCGACUGCCGAAACCCAGCUUGAUAGACAGAUUACAAGUUCCAGCGAAGCAAGCUACAGUUACUUCUGACCAGACUGAUCACAUGGCCUCUCCUGCGUCCACAUAUGACAAAUACCUGCAGAUGACCCCACGUAUCGAGGCAGGCACAGUCUCACGGUGGCAAUGUCUCCCUGACGAGAUUCUUCUACACAUCUUUGCUUAUCUCGACCAGUCAUCACUGACCAGAGUUGCCCAUGUGUGUCAUCAGUUCUAUAGAGUUGCCAUGGAUGAAACACUUUGGAAGUACAUUACCAUAAAGAAAGGCCAGCUGACGGACCAGCACCUGUCAGAGAUAGCGGAGCGCCAUCCUGUCAGCCUUGCCCUUAUUCAGUGUCACGGGGACAGUGUUACGGCUCGUGGCCUUAGAGAUUUAUUCAGGGAUUGUGCUGCCACCCUCAAGGAGUUGAACAUCGCCAGAUGCAGUGGUGGAGCACUGAGUGGUGACAGCCUGUUGCUCCAUGCCGCGGCUCGAUGUCACAAUCUCACACACAUAGACUGUAGCUGGUGUAAUGUUACGGACAGUGGCCUGAUGGCAAUCUCAAAUUGUGCCCACAGGUUGGAAAGCCUGUGUAUGAAUGGCUGCCAGGCAGUGAGUAAUGAUGGCCUGGAGACAAUCAUCAAGAAGCACGGAGCACACCUCCGGGUACUUGAGAUGUUUGCCUGCUUCAAUCUGUCCCCUAGAGGACUUCGAUCGGUGGCCAAUAAUUGCAUUAAUCUCAUUACCUUGAAUCUUGGACAAUGCUAUAAGCUAACAGACAGUUGUAUAUCGCAACUAUCCACCAGCCUAGGUCGUGUAGAGUCGCUUGAUCUCCGAGGCUGUAAGCAAAUCAAGGACAACUGUAUACGUCGAGUUGUGAAAAACUGCCCUCGUCUCAAACACCUCUCCAUCGCAAAUUGUCUGAACAUCACUGAUGUCUCGUUACUGGAGAUUUCUACAUACCUUACAGAUAUCAGGAGUGUGGAUGUGUGUGGAUGUAAGCACAUCAGUGAUGGCAGUGUCCGAGCCCUGGUGAACACAUGUACCAACCUGCGACAUCUCGACAUCAGCUCAACCAACUGCACACAUAGAAGUGUAUCAAUGAUAGCCAACUUCUGUGGUCAGAGGCUGGAAAGUCUUAAGAUCAACUUCCUGAGCGAUGUUACUGAACAGUCACUCGUGAAACUGGCCCGCCAUUGUCGACGACUUAAAUCUGUUCACUUGUAUGGCUGUACAAGCGUCAGAAAUGUUGAGAAAAUUAAUGAAGAGCGACCAACAUUUACACUAGAAAUGUGAUUAAUGCUUUAUCAUUGUGAUAACCAACAUAUUGUGAUCAUCUUAUUAUGGUUUGUUUUAUUGUUGAUUAUGAUUGUGUAGAGGUCAUUUUCAAACUAAGACUAGCAUCUGAAACCCAAGUACUGUUUUCUUUUAAAUUAGUUUGUACAAAUCAUACUUAUUAUAAUUAUUAUGUUUCCAUUAAAAAGUAUUAUGCUGCGGUAUUGAAGUGUUUGUGAACACUUUUAGACAAUGCUUUUAUUUUAGUUAACACUUUAUAUUGUUGUUUUGUUAAGCUGCAGAGUAGUCAGAAAAUUUAGAAAGAAAAGACUUAAUUGGGUAAUAAGUUGGUGAAAAGUAUUAAGUCAUUGCUCAAACAUAUAUUAUAGAUUUCUGAAAUGUGUAAGAUGUUAUAAAUACUCUAUGGGCUAUCCAGUGAAUUUUUGUUACAUAGCAUUUAUAGUUGUUUAUGUAAAUGCAUAUGAUAUAGAAAUGUUUAUUCAGCUGAAAUAUUGUGAUAUGAUAUCCGUCCUUCAUGAUAAUUUUCAAAAUCUUUUGAGUUUUGCACUGGUCCUCCUUUGUAGUUAAUGCAUGUAAUGUAAUUUUAUUUAAUCUGUACAUAUUUCUAAUUCUUGACUUUCGUAAUGCAUUUGAUACAUAUAUACAUGUCUGGUAUUCACUGUGCAAACCAGAUCAUUUUUACCUUUUAACUGUUGCUUUUUUACAAAGGGAUAUGGAAAUAGAUGAGUGGUGCAAUUUAAGAGCAAUACUUACGAAGAAAUAAAAAAAAUAAAGUAAGCAUGCUGCAUAUAUGUACUAAAAGCUUAGCGAGAAAUUUUCAAGCUUGCUUCAUAUAUGGGCUUAAAGCUUGGUGAGGAAUGUUCAAGCUUGCUGCAUAUAUGGGCUUAAAGCUUGGUGAGGAAUGUUCAAGCUUGCUGCAUAUAUGGGCUUAAAGCUUGGUGAGGAAUGUUCAAGCUUGCUGCAUAUAUGGGCUUAAAGCUUGGUGAGAAAUGUUCAAGCUUGCUGCAUAUAUGGGCUUAAAGCUUGGUGAGAAAUGUUCAAGCUUCCUGCAUAUAUGGGCUUAAAGCUUGGUGAGGAAUGUUCAAGUUUGCUGCAUAUAUGGGCUUAAAGCUUGGUGAGGAAUGUUCAAGCUUGCUGCAUAUAUGGGCUUAAAGCUUGGUGAGAAAUGUUAAAGCUUGCUUCAUAUAUGUACUAAAAGCUUGGUGAGGAAUGUUCAAACUUGCUGCAUAUAUGGCCUUAAAGCUUGGUAGGGAAUGUUAAAACUUGCUGCAUCUAUGUACUAAAAGCUUGGUGGGGAAUGUUCAAGCUUGCUACAUAUAUGGACUAAAAGCUUGGUAGGGAAUGUUCAAACUUGCUGCAUAUAUGUACUAAAAGUUUGGUGGGGAAUGUUCAAGCUUGCUUCAUAUAUGGACUAAAAGCUUGGUAGGGAAUGUUCAAACUUGCUGCAUAUAUGUACUAAAAGUUUGGUGGGGAAUGUUCAAGCUUGCUUCAUAUAUGGACUAAAAGCUUGGUGAGGAUUGUUCAAGCUUGCUACAUAAAUGGACUAAAAGCUUGGUAGGGAUUGUUCAAGCUUGCUUCAUAUAUGGGCUUAAAGCUUGGUGGGGAAUGUUCAAACUUGCUGCAUAUAUGGACUAAAAGCUUGGUAGGGAAUGUUCAAACUUGCUGCAUAUAUGUACUAAAAGUUUGGUGGGGAAUGUUCAAGCUUGCUUCAUAUAUGGACUAAAAGCUUGGUGAGGAUUGUUCAAGCUUGCUACAUAAAUGGACUAAAAGCUUGGUAGGGAUUGUUCAAGCUUGCUUCAUAUAUGGGCUUAAAGCUUGGUAGGGAAUGUUCAAGCUUGCUUCAUAUAUGGACUAAAAGCUUGGUAGGGAAUGUUCAAGCUUGCUUCAUAUAUGGGCUUAAAGCUUGGUAGGGAAUGUUCAAGCUUGCUGCAUAUAUGGCCUUAAAGCUUGGUAGGGAAUGUUAAAACUUGCUGCAUCUAUGUACUAAAAGCUUGGUGGGGAAUGUUCAAGCUUGCUACAUAUAUGGACUAAAAGCUUGGUAGGGAAUGUUCAAGCUUGCUACAUAAAUGGACUAAAAGCUUGGUGAGGAAUGUUCAAACUUGCUGCAUAUAUGGGCUUAAAGCUUGGUGGGGAAUGUUAAAACUUGCUGCAUCUAUGUACUAAAAGCUUGGUGGGGAAUGUUCAAGCUUGCUACAUAUAUGGACUGAAAGCUUGGUGGGGAAUGUUCAAGCUUGCUACAUAUAUGGACUAAAAGCUUGGUGAGGAAUGUUCAAACUUGCUGCAUAUAUGGGCUUAAAGCUUGGUGGGGAAUGUUAAAACUUGCUGCAUCUAUGUACUAAAAGCUUGGUGGGGAAUGUUCAAACUUGCUGCAUAUAUGGACUAAAAGCUUGGUGGGGAAUGUUCAAACUUGCUGCAUAUAUGUACUAAAAGCUUGGUGGGGAAUGUUCAAGCUUGCUUCAUAUAUGGACUAAAAGCUUGGUGGGGAAUGUUCAAGCUUGCUACAUAAAUGGACUAAAAGCUUGGUAGGGAAUGUUCAAGCUUGCUGCAUAUAUGGACUGAUAAGUUGGUGGGGAAUGUGUUCAAGCUUGCUGCAUAUAUGGACUGAUAACUUGGUGGGGAAUGUGUUUUAUGUAGACAGUCAAUAAGAUUGUAAACUUUACUUACAUAUUUAUAACCUGUAUUUUUUAAUUGAUCAAUACAUUCCUUGUUCACUGCAUUCAUCAAUAUUUUAUUUCGAUGAUAGUUGUUAUUAUAUUAUGAACUAUACUCUAGUUAAUAAUUCUUGUAUACGUUGUUUGUUCAACCUUUUGAAAGCUUUUAAAGCUUAUUUUGUCUUUUGUAGAUCUCAGUUUUCUUACACGUGUGUCGUUAUUUUUACCCCAUAGUCAGAGAUCAACCGGUUCUAGACUUGCAAAAGUUGUCACUCUAAAACUCUUCCUCAACAUUAUUUUGAGCUUAUACAAAAUAAAUGGUGUAAGUCUUUCUAAAAUAGCGCUGUGUUUGAUUUUUUAUCUGUGUUCAUGUCUGGCAUUUAUAAAUUUGCACAUACCGACACUAAAAUUGCUUAUUCCAUGGAUUGUAUCUAUAUAUUAACAUUCUAACAGCUUUGUCUUUGUUUAGCUGUCUGGUUGGAAAUUGUUCUCAUAAUCAUGAUUUGCUAACCCUUAAACAAAUGGACAGUAUUACAAUGGAAAUGUUUUCAGGCCAAAAAUCCAACACCGGUUUGAUUUUGAUGCUUAUGAAUAUAUAAAUUAUGUAGCCAUUUGUUACUGCAUGAAAUCAGUGAUGUCAUGCAUACUGAUCAUGUCACAUAACAACUUAAUUAACUUCAUAGAUAUGAUAAAAUGACUCAUUGUUAAAGCGAUGUUAUUUAAAUGUAAGCUUAAAGUUAAAACAGCUUGCACUGUAUAUCAAUUACAAAAAUAUGUCAAAACUAUGCAAUUUGUGAUAAAUGUGUUGUUCAGUUAUUACGUCUUAUAGAUGUGAAAUAGUUUAUUUUCUUAUCUUUCUAGUUUUGUUUGUAAAUGUUAGAUUAUAAUUAUUUGUUUUUACAUAAUUGUAUAGGUAUGUGUUAUAAUAGGAAACCUGUUCACACACUUUACUCAGAUAAUAUUGUAAUAUACAUGAAGUACAUGUACAUAUUGUAAUAUACAUGAAGUACAUGUACAUUUGAAACAUGCCCUGUCUGUAGUUGAGUCUUAAAAAAGGAAACAAGGGAAACACGUUGUGAAGAUUGGCAGUUUUUUGGUUCAUUAGUUGAAAGUUUUCUUAGAUGUUGAUGUAUUUUAAACACAAAAUUGGGACUUUAUUCUGCUAAUCAUGUAUAAUCUUAUUGUUACCAAUGUUAGCGAUGUUAAGAUAACUAGUGAAUGGAUUGUGGCGAUGUUAAGAUAACUAGUGAAUGGAUUGUGGCGAUGUUAAGAUAACUAGUGAAUGGAUUGUGGCGAUGUUAAGAUAACUAGUGAAUGGAUUGUGGCGAUGUUAAGAUAACUAGUGAAUGGAUUGUGGCGAUAUUAAGAUAACUAGUGAAUGGAUUGUGGCGAUGUUAAGAUAACUAGUAAAUGGAUUGUGGCAAUGUUAAGAUAACUAGUGAAUGGAUUGUGGCAAUGUUAAGAUACAUUGUAACUCAUUGUCUAGUUUGCUUUAUAUAGACAGAUGUUUAAAAUUGGAUAUUGGUCUCUAAUACAUCAAACUCUUUCUUAUCAGCUUUGUUUGUUUUCAAGGAAAUAAUAAACCACUAGCCUCAUAAAAGUUUGCAUUUGA